AUGCGGAAAGGCGUUCAAUACUUAGACCAGAAGAACGAAGCCAUAGCCCUCAUGGAACAGGCCGGAUGUGAUAUCACUCAAGCCUGUGGAGCCCCAGAGUGGACGAAAUUACAAGAGGUAUUAGCUCCUCAGUAUCGUCUGAAAAUAUUUCAGUUCAAAUCUACUUCGACUAAACUCUGUUUAGAGCGCAUCUUCAAAGGCUGGGGAGAUGGAACUUGUUUGAACAUUUUGUUAGACAACCGUCAUUGCGAUGCCAUCAUAUCCAUGCCGGGAGUAACGGGGAACCAAUAUUACUGUGAUCAUUGCGACGUGGGGUACAGGAAUGUCACAGAACAUCGGUCCAAAUGCCCUCAUCGCUGUACCUUUUGUUUAGGACAACACCCUAAUUGUCCCGAUGAAGGGAUCAAGAUUAAAUGCCAGGAAUGCCAUGGAAUGUUUAAGAACAAGACCUGCUACGAAAAUCAUUUAAGACCUCAUGGUAAGAAAACCACCACUACUGUCUGCAAUUUAAUGGGGUUAUGCGAGAAGUGUCAGUCCUGGAUACCUAAGAAAUUAUUUCCUCAUCACAAAUGCGGAGAUCAGAAACUGUGUAAGAUCUGUAAGAAAAUCGUCGAUGCCGAUCAUCGGUGCUACGUUCGACAGAAGCCCCAGAAGAAGAAGAAGGGAAAAGGCACCUUAGAGUUUACCAUUUAUUUCGAUUUCGAAUGCACUCAGGAAUCGGGCAUUCACGUUCCUAAUCUGUGUGUGGCACAUCGCGUCUGUCAACAUUGCGAUGACUUACCCAUAGACCGACCUUGUCCUCAUUGUCAUCACAUGGGACCCCGUCAGCACCUAUUUCAAGGCCCAGACACCUUAAAGAAGUUCAUGGACUGGUUAUUUCAACCCACUACAGUGCAUUCUUCUCCCCUGAAACCUAACGUGAUCAUGAACGGGAGUAAGAUCUUGUCCAUGGAAAUAUGUGGACUCAAAUUCAUCGACUCGUAUAGUUUCUUAACCUUUCCUUUGGCCAAGAUGCCCUCCGCUUUCGAAUUGAACGAAUUGAAGAAAGGUUAUUUCCCUCACUUUUUUAAUACGGAACAGAACCAGAAUUACAUGGGACCUUAUCCACCGGCAGCUUUCUACAAACCGGACGAAAUAACUACCAGUGGACGAAAAGCUUUUUACGAAUGGUACGACCAACAGAGGGGAAAAGUGUUUGAUUUCCAGAAAGAGUUUGUAGGGUAUUGUAUCUCGGACGUCGACAUUUUACGCCAAUGCUGUGCACGGUUUAGAAGCACCCUCAAGAAGUUGGUCAACGUGGACCCUUUCCAGGAAUCCAUCACGUUUGCCAGUGCUGCUAAUUUAGCCUACCGUCGAAAUUUCAUGCCUAAAGACACCAUUGCCAUCAUUCCGAACCUCGGGUAUGAACCGGCACGACAAUAUUCGGCCAAAGCCUGUCGGUGGCUCACCUGGAUGAGUCAUCAGAAUGGGUGUCACAUACGACAUGCCAGAAACGGAGGCGAAGUCCCGAUCGGAAAUUAUACCGUCGACGGAUACCAGGAAGCGACUCAUACCGUCUACGAAUUUUACGGGUGUUAUUGGCACGGAUGCCCCACUUGCUAUCCCAGUUUACAGACGGAAACUCAUCCUUACCGGACCCAAUUUACUUAUCAACAAUUACACGAGAAAACUCUCAGAAGGACUGCGGAUUUAGAGGACAUGGGGUACAACGUGUGUAGUAUCUGGGAGCACGAUUUCGAUCAACAAGUGCAACAAGAUGAGAGUUUACAGCAAUUUGUACGAGAUCUGGACAUUCCCGAUCCUUUGAAACCUCGAGAAGCCCUGUACGGAGGCCGGACCAAUGCCACUAAAUUAUAUUGUGAAGAAGGGGACAUGAGAUACGUGGACGUGUGUUCCUUAUACCCUUACGUGUUGAAACACAGACCUUUUCCCCUAGGGCAUCCCGAGAUCAUCACAGACGACUUCCAGGACGUGAGAAGUUAUUUCGGUCUCAUUCACUGUCGGGUCUUACCACCCCGAGGCCUCUUUCACCCCGUAUUACCUUAUCGGACGGGAGGGAAGUUAUUAUUUCCCUUAUGUCGCACGUAUGCCCAACAACAAGACUCUACGUCUCAAUACCCAUGUCAACACACCGACCGGGAACGUAGUCUCACGGGUACUUGGGUGACGAGCGAAUUACAUAAAGCCCUAGACAUGGGGUAUACCUUAGAGCAAAUUUACGAAGUGUGGCAUUUCAAAGAAAGCAGUCAAGACUUAUUUAAAAAGUACAUCAAUACCUUCCUCAAGAUCAAACAGGAAGCGUCCGGAUUUCCCCCCGACUGUAAGACCUCAGAACAAGAACAAGAUUACAUUCGACAAAUCUUCGACAAAGAAGGAUUCAUGAUGGAUAGGAUCAGUAUCGAGAAGAAUCCAGUGAGAAGAACCAUUGCUAAACUCUUUUUAAAUUGUCUGUGGGGAAAAUUUGCUCAACGCUUGUUAUUACCCAAAGUCAGAUACUUGGACGAAGUAGAGGAAUUACAUCAACUCUUACAAAAUUCGACUCUCGACAUCAAGGAUGUGCGACUCUUAGUCAAUAAAGAAGAUUCCAUUGAAGACAAGAUUCUAGUGAAUUUUCAAGACAAAGAGGAAUUCGUCGAAGAAUGUCCCUUUGGAAACGUGAUCCUGGCUUGUUUUACCACCGCCUAUGCCCGCUUACAUCUCUACGAGACUUUACAACCUUUAGAAGAACGGGGCCUUUAUUUCGAUACGGACAGUAUCAUUUACCAACAUAAGGAAGGAGCUUUUAAUCCUACCUUGGGUCAUAGUUUAGGAGAAUGGACCGACGAAUUAGACGGGGAUCACAUCACCAAAUUCAUGUCGGCAGGUCCUAAAAAUUAUGGUUUCCGGACGGACAAAGGAACCGAGGUUCAUAAAUGUAAAGGAAUCACUUUCAACCAUCGAACCUCUCAGUUGGUGUGCCCAGAGACUUUAGAAAAAAUGCUCAAGGGAGAAAUAGAGGAAGUAAAAGUCCCCUAUCCCAGCAAAAUCCAGAGGACCCGUGAUUAUGAGGUCGUGAAUAAACCUUCAGAGAAAACAGUUAGAAUUGUAUAUGACAAGAGACAAAUUGUAGAGAAUUAUAACACUUUACCUUAUGGUUAUUGA